UGCAAGCACUGGGUACAAUCAGAAACACAGGAGGGUGAGAGAACUCACCAGAGACAAAGCGAAGAGCAGAACAGGCAGACUUGACGCAGCACACUGCUGAGGGGAGCAGUGGGCGGCAGGAGAGGUCUGCCCGCCAUGUGGGACCCUCGCCUUGAGGCCAGGGAUUGAACCGGUGCUGUAGAGGCUGUGGGCAGCUUCACAACCCAGCGCUCAACCGUCAACCGCUGCACCACCGGGGAGGCCCCUCUCCUUCCUCUGUUUCUAAUCCCAUCUCUUCAAGACACUUCCAGUUCUUCUGUCUAUGCCCAGCAAUUCCAGAUCAGCACAGCCUCGGACCAGGUAUUACCACUCACAGGGCUUCUUAUCCUAAUCUCCUCAUUUUUUCUUUUUGCCCCAUGCUUAGUCCAUUUCAUCCAACACCGGAUCCAAGAACUGUCCCAUACCACCUUUAACCAACUCCUUCUCCACCCAUAUCCUCGCGCUUCAAAGACUGUCUCAUAACCAGGCCUGAGCGCCCACCCUGGUCUUCGCCCCUGGCAAGCAGGAAGUAGCCAAAGAGAGAACCAUUUCACCUUUUCAACAAAAUGCUGCUAAUGAAGCAAUGUUGACACAGUGACCAAACUCUGUGCUUAAUUUCAUCAGUUUUUCCUAAUGUACAUUUUAUGUUCCAUAAUCCAAAUUGCCUCACUCAGUUACAGCCAGUUCUCCUCGAUGUGCCUCUUGCUGACUGUUUCUCUGACUUUGCUUGUUUUUAUAACGUUGACAUUGGUGAGGAGUGAUAUUUUGGAGAGGUGUUGGGUUCACAAUUGGGGUUCUUGGGUCACGUCUGAGAAAAGUUUCACCAGAUUCCCCCUUUCACAUACACAGUGAGUUUCCCCACAAGACAGAGACUUUUUGUUUCUGCCAAAGAGAAGUUUUAUUAUUUCUUUUUUUAAAAAAAGGAGAGUCAGAACCCUGCUACCCUCCCCCACCCACUGAGUAGGCUCUCUCCGACCAACGGAAAGGAGGGAAAAAAAAAAAAACUGCAAGAACGAACUACAGAUCAAGUGGGACACUGAGUAGAGAGGAACUAUUUCAGGCACCGCACCCCACAAAUGGGAACUGUGGAGAACGGUGAAGAAAUCACCACAGAGGUGAUCGAGCGGCUCCGGGCGCCAUCAGAGGAAGACAAGGACUCCACGGAGAACUAUAAAUAGCCUAAGGCCAGCCGAGAACCACUGGGAAAAAGCAAAGGUCAGCAAGGACAGGUCUCUGGUGCCACCUCAUGACCAGAACAAAAUCACCAACUAACUGAUUCCCUGUUGGAACUAAGUAAAUACAGAGGGAGGGAACUGUAAGGGACAGUGCCCAGCAACACAGCAUCAACACUCUGGUGGAGUGUUGUCUCCAGUGCCAGUCUCAGUCUGGUGAACAGUUUCCGACACCCCUAAAGGAGCACUCCAAAGAGAUGGAAUCCACCCUUAGGACAACUUGGAUCCUUCUCCUUUGGGGACUUGCUGGCGCGGGGUUGCACAGAGAGGAGGGGGCAGAGCUUGCUGGCUUUCAGGGCUGCUUCAGAACCCAGGGGUUCUCUGAGCCCCUCUGGCUGCCCCCCCCAACAGUAAAUGGACUGACAGUGAAGAGGAGGAGGAAGAGGAGGACAAGGGUCCCCUGACAAAACUAAGCAUCCCGGACGAUCUAGACAGCUGCGAGGCCAUGGUGAGCUCGGCCCUGGGGCCCCUUUCCUGCCCCACCUUCCCCCUCCCACCAGCACACCCUUCUUCUUGGUUUCCCUCCCUUUGAUUAAGCUUUCACCCACCUCUGCUGGGAGCUAGUGGGUAGACACCAACACCAUCCUCGAAUCAGGUGUGCCCACGGAGGCCCUGAGAGGUGUGCCUCCCAACCUCCUGCCGGGCCCACAGGGGCACCCUGCACCUCUGGCCACAGGUGGCAUUUUGUAACUCGGCCUUGGCCAGUGCUGAGGAAGAACAGGCGCGGCUACACAGACAGCUAAAGGAGCAAAAGCUGCUCUGCUGGCUCCUGGCUCAGCAGGUAGCCCCAUGGGACCAGGAGACUGAGAAGAUGGAGGCCCCAGCCCCCGGGGGGAAAGUGUGCCUGGGGAGACCCACCAGGCCCUUCAGGGAGCCAUGGAGAAACUUCAGGUGAGUGUGUGUAAGGCAGGAAGGAAUGGCCACUGGUCAGGUUUUCUGAUCCAGCAGACCGGGUAAAGAACUGAGUCCUGGAAGUCUCAGUGAAAUUUGCAGACUUUUAUUGGGAUUUACCAGAUACAUGGCAGGUAGGGGUGCUAGGGGGCCAGGAGGCUGACAGGCCUCCCGGCCCCCAGCAAGUCUUCACUCUUUCUGGGCUCUCUGGCCUUCUCUGGUGGUCUCUGCUGCUCUGCUCUCUCGGUUCUGCUUCUGCUUCUCUGCUUCUGCUGGCGUCCCCGUGACGCCACCCUUAAAAGCCCAUCUUAGCCCAGGUGAAUCCCAUCUACCUAUGCCCACACCCUACUCCAGGUGCCCGCAUCAGGCAUGCAUUCGGGACCGCAGGGUUCCAUCAUCCAUCCUAUGGGCGGGAGAGCACAUGCUGUGGGCUCCCUACCCAUCCCCCAAAGAUGGGCUCCUCAGCUCCUCACCCUCACUCAACUAUGAGCAGGGCAUCACCCACAGGUGAUUUUAAAAGACUCACUGGCCUUUAGCUUACGUAGUGCGGCUGCCAUGUUACUGGAUACAUGGCAGGUAGGGGUGCUAGGGGGUCAGGAGGCUGACAGGCCUCCCAGCCCCCAGCAAGUCUUCACUCUUUCUGGGCUCUCUGGCGUUCUCUGGUGGUCUCUGCUGCUCUGCUCUCUCGGUUCUGCUUACGUUUCUCUGCUUUUGCUGUGAAUGCCACCCUUAAAAGCCCGGUCUUAGCCCAGGUGAAUCCCAUCUACAUAUGCCCACACCCUACUCCAGGUGCCUGCAUCAGGCUUGCAUUCAGACCACAGGGUUCCCUCAUCUAUCCUAAAGGCGGGAGGGCAGAAAAGCCUGAUAGUUUUAUCUUACCCUACAGUGUGGUUUUCCGGAGGGCUGGGCGGGCUGGGUGCUGGGCAGGCCGGCACUGCUGAGCCCCUGAGCCCGCUGUCUGGCCGAGGGCCGCUUUACCGAGCUCAUGCAGGAGAAAGUGGGCUUACAGGACUGGAUGGAGGAGCUGGAGCAUCGAUGUAUCCAGAUGUCUGGAGAGACUGACACCAUCGGAGAAUACAUCACUCUCUACCAGAACCAGAGAGCAGUGAUGAGGGAGGAGCACCAAGAGAAGGAGGAGUCCAUAAGGCAGCUGGCCCAGGACAAAGAGGAGAUGAAGGUGAAGCUGUUAGCGCUGCAAGAGCUGGUUUUGCAGCUGGUGGAGGCACGCAACGAAUGGCGGGCAAAGCCCUGAGCACCUGCCCAGAACCCUGCUGCUGAGCCCACUAGCGCAUGCCUAGUCCCCAAGAAGCUUGGCACCGCCAACGUCCAAGGUGAGGAAAGCCCCUAACCGGCAGCUGGUCAGG